UCAUUGCAUUGGAUAGCAGCUGGAUUGUGUGGCAGUUUCUUAUGUGUUGGAGAGAUUAGGGUUUGCAUGGAGAGUUUUAGAAAGGGGGCGGCUCUGUUUUGUUGAUGAUGAAGGAGACUGUUUGUAGGAUUUAUUAGGGUUUUCAGUUUCUUCUCGUUGUUAUAACAACACUUGAUUGGGUUCUUAUGCAUCAUUAGGGUUCUAAUAGGUUAUUGCUCUGGAUACGGAUCUGUUGCGGUUGAUUACUGCUUAUUGAGCAUUAUUACUAGAAACAAGGAUGAAGGGCCAUAUAUCCGAGAAAAUUAGUGAAAACGAUGAGGGCAUGGAUUCUACUAGUAAGAAGAUAAUAGGUAGAUGGGAUCCAGUUGAAGCUUGCAGGCCUAGUGUUGAUAACGCUCCUGUCUUUUACCCGACUAUGGAGGAAUUCAAAGAUACACUUGGUUAUAUUGCAAAAAUACGCCCCAAAGCGGAAGCAUAUGGUAUUUGUAGGAUUGUACCUCCUACUUCGUGGACUCCACCAUGUACUUUUAAAGAAGAUAGAAUCUGGCAAAAUGAAAAGUUCAAUACGAGGAUACAACAGGUUGACUUGCUUCAGAACCGGGGGCCUAUGAGAAAGAAACGAGGGCGUAAGAGAAAAAAAAGAAGAAGCUUAAAGGCAGAAACUAAGAAAAGACUCUCUUGUGAUGGCUCCGGAAAUAAUAAUACUACUGAUUCAGAAGAGAAGUUUGGAUUCAAGUCGGGUUUGGAUUUUACGUUCAAGGAGUUCCAAGAAUAUGCUAGCAAUUUCAAAGUAUGUUAUUUUGAGAGGAGUGACCAAUUGAUUGCUUCUACGACUGAGGAAAAUCGGAAAUGGGAGCCCUCAGUGGAACAGAUUGAAGGCGAGUACUGGAGAAUUAUCGAGCAGCCAACCGAUGAAGUUGAGGUUAACUAUGGAGCCGAUUUGGAAACUGGAUCGUUUGGAAGUGGAUUCCCCAAGGCAUCAACUUUGCAAAAUGCUGAGAGCAAAUUGAAUGAAUAUGCGACGUCGGGGUGGAAUUUGAACAACUUUCCCCGUCUCCCUCAGUCUGUCCUACGGUUUGAAGAAUCUGACAUCUCUGGAGUUUUAGUGCCUUGGCUAUAUGUAGGCAUGUGCUUCUCCUCAUUUUGUUGGCAUGUGGAGGACCACCACCUAUACUCACUGAAUUAUCUGCACUGGGGUGAUCCAAAGGUAUGGUAUGGAGUUUCUGGAAGCAAUGCUUCAGCCUUAGAGAAAGCCAUGAGAAAGCAUCUACCGGACCUCUUUGAAGAACAACCGGAUUUACUUCAUGAACUGGUGACACAGCUGUCUCCUUCAGUUUUGAAGUCUGAGGGUGUGCCGGUUUAUAGAGCUAUUCAGUAUGCUGGAGAGUUUGUUCUUACUUUCCCAAGGGCAUACCAUUCUGGUUUUAAUUGCGGGUUUAAUUGUGCUGAGGCUGUUAACGUUGCUCCAGUUGAUUGGUUACACCACGGCCAAACUGCAGUAGAGCUUUACAGUCAGCAGUGUCGUAAGACUUCACUGUCCCAUGACAAAUUGCUUCUUAGAUCAGCUAAAGAAGCUGUUCGAGCUCUUUUUGAGCUAUCUUUUCUUGAAAACAAGACUAAGGAAAAUUUGGAAUGGAAAGAUGUUAGUGGUGAGAACGGUAUACUUACCGAUGCAGUUAAGAGGAGGAUUCUUGUUGAGGAGGAAAGAUUGCAGAAGCUUCCAGCUGAUUUCAAGAUCCGAAAGAUGGAAAGUGAAUCUGAUUUAGAAAGUGAGAGGGAAUGUUUUUCAUGUUUUUUUGAUUUGCACCUUUCUGCUGCUUGCUGCGAGUGUUCUCCGGAUAAGUUCGCAUGCCUUAAACAUGCCAAACGUAUCUGCUCGUGCAAGUCAGGCAAUAGGUUUAUCCAGUUACGUUACACUAUCGAUGAAUUAAAAAGUCUGGUUGACGCAUUGGAGAUGGAUGUGUCUGCCCUUAAGAAAUGGACAUCAUCUGAAGAUACUCAAAUAUCUGGACCCGACAGGUCAGAGGAGAACGGAGGUUCAUCAACUAUAUGCAAAACCGAGGUCGAGGAUAGAAAAACUUUUGACUUGAACCAGCUUGAUAAUACUACUACCAUGUGGGAUGAUGAAAUUUGUGGGGUGGACAUUUCCAAAGAGCUUCAAACGGAAUCCAACUCUUCUGUUACACACGUUUUAAAAAGUCCUGACAUGUCUACUUGCUUGACGAAGUUUAAGAAGCCAUGUUUGUUGAAGGACAUCAAGUUAUUUGGGGUUGACCUUACAGUUAUUUCAAAACACCCUACUCCUAACAACAUUAUGCAAGGUGAACAAAUACAAAAACCGAGUUUGUAUGUGGAGCCGAUAACUUAUGGGGAAGUUGUGUUUAAAAAACAUUGGUGCAAUAAGCAUGCGAUUUUCCCAAAAGGAUUUAAAAGCUAUGUCAGGUUCAUUAAUAUGGUAAGACCCAUGGAGAUGGCUAUCUACUCGUCAGAAAUCCUCGACGCCGGGCUUCUUGGACUACCUGUGUUUAAGGUUACCAUGGAUGAGUGUCCAAGUGAAUGCUUUUCAUAUUUUAGUGCCGACAGAUGCUGGGAAAUGGUUCUUGAGAGAUUAAACAAGGAGAUUGAGAGACGUAAUUCUCCACAUGACAUACAGCCUCCACCAAUCAUCAACGGGCUCAAGAUGUUUGGUCUUCUUUCACCUCACAUUGUCGAGGUUAUUGAGGCUCUUGAUCCAAAUCAUCAAUGUGAGGAAUAUUGGCAUCACAAGAUUUCCAAAACAGAGGACUAAAGGAAGAGGAGAGAGUUGUAAAUAAGAAAGAGAAUAAGAUGAUCAUUCUUUCUUUUAGUGUUAGACAGACAGGCAGAUAACCAAGACCAACCAACAUUUAGCUAGCAAGCAAGCAAGCUAGGAUCCAUUCAUUCUUUUUUUCUUUUCUAGUAAACAAAGAAACAGAAGAAGAACACAUCUCUUUUUUGUUUUAUUCGUUUUGACCAAAUGGCUUUUGCAGUUAGAUGAUGAAUCAUUCUUGUA